AUGGACUCUCAAGGCGUUCGCUUGCGCGGUAGGCUCGGCAGUUCGUUCGGGGGAGCUUCGGUGCUGGAGCGACCGGGAUUGGACCAAUCAGGAGGAGCGGACGGCGCUCCGAAGACGGACGCCGGCGGAGAGAUGGGGCAGCUGAAGCAGCGGAUGCGGAACGGAGGGGGGGAUCGGUACCGCGUGCUUCUACUGGACCACGAGAAGCACACGGAGGAUGGAGUCGCGAAGGUGCUGCCAACAGUGGUUCCUUCAGUCACGGUGGACGACGCGCGGCGGGUGUUCAACGAGUCCAGAGAGCUGGGUCAGGGGCUCGUCUGCGUCGCCAUCAAGGUGUCUCCGAUCGCCGGGCAGACAGGGAGAAUCGAGGCUCUGUUGUUCGAGGUGAAGGACCGCGACCGCAUCGGCUAUGCGUCGGCUUCCAACAUCCGCGCGUUCUGCUGCUCUCCUGAGCUCGUUCAACGGACGGGAUGCAACCCUGGACACAUCAUCGUGCGGCCGAGAGACGGGGAUAACCAGUGGCCCCGCGUGGUGGAAAUUAACUUCAUUGGCAACGACACGGCGGUGGCGGUGGCGCCGUCGGAUAUCCACAUCACGGCGCCCGGCAUGUACUACCUGUGGUUCGUCAUCUGCGACAAGAGCCUCGCUGGCGUGGCCGUCACGGGCACGACCAUCUGGAAGAACCCGGGCGGGUAUCUGCCCGGCAUGAUGAUGCCUUACCUCAACUUCUACGCGCUCAUGUCCAUGGCGUAUCUGGUGCUGGGCGUGGUGUGGUUCAUGCAGUACGCGCGCUUCUGGCGCGACAUCCUGCAGCUGCAGAACUGCAUCACGGCCGUCAUCGCGCUUUCCAUGCUCGAGAUGGCCACCUGGUACUUCGACUACGUCAACUUCAACGCCGGCGGCUUCCGCCCCUACGGGACCACCAUCUGGGCCGCCACGCUCGGCGCGCUGCGCAAGGCGGUGUCGCGCGUGCUGGUGUUGAUUGUCGCGAUGGGGUAUGGCGUGGUGCGGCCGACGCUGGGCGGGCUGUCAGGAAAGGUACGCUUCAAGAAUGCACGGCAAGGGAGGGGAAGAGGAGGGGGAGGGGGAUGUGAAGGGGAGGGGGAUAUGGCCACCUGGUACUUCGACUACGUCAACUUCAACGCCGGUGGCUUCCGCCCUUACGGGACCACCAUCUGGGCCGCCACGCUCGGCGCGCUGCGCAAGGCCGUGUCGCGCGUGCUCGUGCUGAUCGUGGCGAUGGGGUAUGGCGUGGUGCGGCCGACGCUGGGCGGGCUGUCAGGGAAGGUACGCCCAGGAUGGGGGGAAAGGUGGGGGAGAGAAGCACAGGGAUGGGGAGGAGAAUGUGAGGAGGUGUUGCGUAAGGGAAGGGGGGAACGUUACUUCUGUGCAGUGGAGCUGCUGGACGUGAUGCAGAACGUGGGCGCCAUCGACGACCUGAACAGCAGCGAGCGCCUCUUCCUCGUGCUGCCUGUCGCUGUGCUCGACGCCAUCUUCAUCCUCUGGAUCUUCUCCUCGCUCUCCAAGACUCUCUCGCUGCUGCAGGAUAAAAGAGUGGCCGUGCUGGACGCCAUCUUCAUCCUCUGGAUCUUCUCCUCGCUCUCCAAGUCUCUCUCCCUGCUGCAGACGACGUGGUCGGGGUCGAAGCUGGAGCUGUACCGCAAGUUCACGUCUUCACGAAGCUCAGGGUCGAAGCUGGAGAAGUACCGCAAGUUCACUAAUGGCAUGGCGCUGGCCGUGCUGGUGACUUUCAGCCCUUUCAUGCCCAAUCAUGCCGUUCUAUCAUGCCCCACCCCUCCUGCCUCCUUUCCUUCCCCCACCUAUCAGACGAAGCGAUCAGGGUCGAAGCUGGAGCGGUACCGCAAGUUCACCAACGGCAUGGCGCUGGCUGUGCUGGUGAUGGUUGCAUGGAAGGGCAUUCCCCAAUGCUCCAUUCUCCCCUGCCUCAACCCCCCUGCCCCACCCCCCGUUUCUUUCUUCUUCCAGACGAAGCGCACAGGGUCGAAGCUGGAGCUGUACCGUAAGUUCACCAACGGCAUGGCUCUGGCCGUGCUGGUCUCUGUAGCCUGGAUCGCAUACGAGAUGUAUGUGCGGCUGUCGGACCCGUACAAUGAGAGGUGGGAGGCGGAUUGGAUCACGGGGUGCUUCUGGCACCUGCUGCAGUUCGUGCUGCUCUGCGCCAUCUGUGUGCUCUGGGCGCCCUCCCUCAACUCCACCAGAUACGCAUAUUCGGAGGAUGCUCCAGAGGAUGAUGAUGACGUGGCGCUUACGUCAGCAUCAGUGGCUUCAGCGAAAGCAGAGGCAGGGUCUGCAGCAGAGAAGAAGCCGAUAAACACGGAUGUAGCAGGUAUCGGAGGACGAGUUGACGCCAGCCAAGGUGGCGGAGCUCUUGGAUCGCCACAGUGUGGGGCAGGCCUCUUUCUUUGGUGCCGCAUGAAUGCACUCACCCUCUCCUCUCUGACUCCCUCUUCCUCCCUGCACCUCUCUGUCCCUCCCCCCACGCCUCUCCCUCCCUCCUUUCCCCUCCCCACAGAGCAGGUAUCGGAGGACGAUCUGACGCCAGCCAAGGUGGUGGAGCUCUUGGAUCGCCACAUUGUGGGGCAGGCUCAGGCCAAGCGAGCCGUUGCCAUUGCCCUGCGCAACAGGUGGCGGCGGAAGCGCAUUAGUGGUUCCAUGAGGGACGAGGUGGUUCCCAAGAACAUCCUCAUGGUCGGCCCCACCGGCUGUGGGAAAACCGAGAUCGCCCGGCGCCUUGCCAAGCUCAUCCAUGCGCCCUUUGUCAAGGUAGAAGCCACCAAGUUCACGGAGGUGGGCUUUCACGGGCGGGACGUGGACCAGAUCAUUCGAGACCUGCUGGAGAACGCCAUUCAGCUGCAGCGGCAGAAGGCUCGGGCCAAGGCGGCGAAGGAGGUGGAGGAGGUGGUGGAGAGCAAGAUUCUAGACCAUCUGCUGGGCGCGCUACAGCCGGGCGCAGUGAGUCAAGCAGGUCACUGGGAGAGCUUGGAGACCUUUCGUCUGCUGUACAGGGAGGGGGUGUUGGACGACAGGCGAGUGCACAUGGAGCUGCCUGACGCCGCUCCCUCGGGUGGUCUGGGUGGGUUCGCCAUCGACAUGUCGGGCGCUGCAGGGCUCAACGUGCACGACUUCGUGCAGAGGAUGGAGCGAGUGGUGAAGGGGACACGGAGGGAGAAGAAGGAUCUGACUGUGGCGGAGGCGAGGGCAGCGCUGACCGACGCAGAGAUGGAGAAACGCCUGUCGUCUGAAUCGCUCGUGAAGGACGCCAUUCAGGCAACGGAGUCAGAGGGCAUAGUGUUCAUAGACGAGAUAGACAAGAUCGUGCACUCCAGCGACACGCGGCAUGGUGCCGAUGCGAGUGCUGAGGGUGUUCAGCGCGACCUGUUGCCCAUCAUUGAGGGCAGUGUGGUAUCCACCAAGCACGGCAACGUCAACACGGAUCACAUUCUCUUCAUCGCUAGUGGUGCCUUCACCGCGUGCCGCCCCUCCGACAUGCUGGCAGAGCUGCAAGGCCGCCUGCCCAUAAGGGUGGAGCUCAAAGGGCUGACCAGAGAGGAUCUGUACCGCAUUCUCACAGAGCCCGAGGCGAACAUGAUUCGGCAGCAGCAGCUGCUGAUGGCCACGGAGGGGGUUGAGCUUGUAUUCACUGAGUCUGCCAUCCGGGAGGCUGCCGCCAUGGCUGCUGAGAUCAAUCACACGCUGGACAACAUUGGUGCAAGAAGGUUGCACACGGUGUUGGAGCGGGUGGUGGAGGACAUCAGCUUCCACGCGCCCGAGAGGAAGGGGGAGACAUGCGUGGUGGAUCAAGAGGAUGUUCGACGGCCGCUGGGUGACUUGCUGCAGAAGGUUGAUGUCUCUAAGUUCAUCCUGUAA